AUGAGCCCUAAUAUCCCUGACUCGCAAGAACUGGCCAACAGGCUGACUCAGGCCAAAGUUUGGAGUCAGUUCUAUCAGAACUACAGUCCAGACUACAAAAUCUCGGACAAGACUUUUGGUGACCCAUCCAAUCGUAGGAUCCGCAUCAUCAACAUAGGCGCCGGCCUCUUUGGCAUCAAUCUUGCAUACUGGAUCUCAGCCAAAUGCCAGAACUUCGAUCUCACUGUAUUCGAAAAGAGCAGUGAACUCGGAGGUGUCUGGAACCAUAACAGAUAUCCUGGAGUUGCCUGUGAUGUCCCAUCUCACGUGUAUCAAUACAGUUUCGCACCGAACCCGGAUUGGCCUCGGUUUCUUAGCCCAGGUCAAGAUAUCCAGAAGUACCUUCAGAAAUGCGCCACCACGUUUGACCUAGACAAGUAUAUCAAGUUUCAUACCAGAGUUCUAAAGGCUAAAUGGCAUGAGGAGGGAUUCUGGCGCGUCUUUGUACGAGAGGAGUUGCCAAAUGGUGACUGUCGAGAAUAUCACCAAGACGCAGAGAUUCUGGUGAACAACUCUGGAAGUCAACAUGUCUAUCAGUGGCCUAAUGUUGAUGGUCUCGAUAAGUUCAAGGGAACGUUGCUUCACACUGCUGGUUGGGAUGAACGAUUUGACGAAGAGGCGUGGAAGGGUAAGACUGUUGCUGUGAUUGGCAGCGGUGCCUCAGCAGUACAGGUGGUGCCUAGAAUGCAGCCUCAUGUUUCCAAGAUGACUGUGUUUUCACGCACUCCAAUCUGGUUUGCACCUGGGCUCGCAGGAGAUGAGUUCAGCCCAGAAUACUCACCAGAAGAUCGAGAGAACUUCAAGAAGGACCCAUCCAAGCUUCAGGCCCAUGGGAAGAGCAUCGAGAGGCGCCUCAAUGGCCUCUUCCCGAACUUUUACAGCGGCACUGAUUACCAAAGGAAUGCCAUCAAGUUCUUCUACGACCAAAUGAAGAUUAAGAUCAAGGAUCCCAAGCUUCUCCAGGGCUUUACUCCUGAAUUUGUUCCCGGAUGCCGUCGCAUCACUCCAGGUGACCCUUUUAUCUACGCAGUCCAAGAGCCAAACGUCGAGGUUGUCUUCAAAGGUGUUGCGAAACUCACGGAGGAUGGUGUUGUGGAUACAGAUGGUGUUGAGCGAAAGGUUGACGCUGUGGGUUUCAAUGUCGAUCUCAUCCCACGAUUUGAAGUUAUCGGGCCAAACGGCCUCCGCAUAUCCGAGUUCCUAGAACAAAACCCAGACAGUUACAUGUCAGUAGCUCUGGCACAGUUCCCGAAUUACUUCCACGGCAGCACCGGCGCCUACUGGCCCUCCGCUAACGGGUCUCUGAUCGGACCCAUGGACGCAGUGGCCAACUAUGUAGUCCAAGUCAUCCAGAAGCUACAGAUGGAGCACAAUAUCAUCAGCGUGGUUCCAAAGCAAGAAGCAAUGGAUGACUUUGUCGAACAUGCUCAGACUUGGUUGAAAGGCUGCGCGUGGUCAGGGGACUGUCCGGCUUGGUACAAGACCCAGUCUGGACCGUUAAAAGGACGAGUGAACCUGAUCUGGCCAGGCAUUACACUGCAGUUUGUAAGAGCCUUGAGUAAGGUGCGAUGGGAAGACUAUGACAUAAAGUAUGCUGCCAGUGGGGAGAAGAGCGCAAACCGGUUCUUGUAUCUUGGCGAUGGGCUUGUCAAGGAGACGUUCGAUGCGGAGAUGGAUGACUCGCCGCAUAUUCACCUUGGGGCUAUUGACCCCAGGUGGUCAAAGGCUGCUGGUUUGACCUUUGUCGAGGGCAUGCAGCUGUUGAACAACCCUGAAGUAGUCACCAAUGGUAGGGCUGUAUGA